AUGCACUGGCUCUCGAAGCAGCCAGCAUUUGGCAAAAGCCGCGAGUUUGAUAUAACGACUCGCUCCGUCGGAAGAAAUAAUAUGGACAAGACAGCGGGAGACAUCGAGGAUGACGAAGAGGAUGGCGAGCAAUUCAGCCACGGAAAGAGGAAGAAAAAAGUCGUCUUCAUGCCAUGUCAUGGUAAAUAUCCGAAAAAGCUUCAACUUUGUCGUUCACCCACCGUUGUAGAUACAACACAUAACAUUUAUUACGGGGGCCAUCUCCUUCGUGUUACUCGUUCCAAGCGUAAUUCCGAAUAUGGUGCGACACAAGAAAUCAAAAUCAGUGUCGUGGCAAGGUCAAACGAUGUGAUUAAGCGUCUCGUACUCGAGGCCAAGAAGCUUUAUGAAGCCGAUGCAGAGCAUCGUAUCCAUAUUUAUCUAGCGGACACUUAUGGCUAUUGGAGGUAUAAUGGGUCCCGUCAGAAGCGACCCCUGUCCUCCAUUGUCCUCGAACCAGGCGUCAAGGAUAUGAUUGUAGCAGAUUGCAAGGACUUUUUGCGUUCCGAGGAUUGGUAUGCCGAGCGUGGAAUCCCAUACCGCCGCGGAUAUCUUCUGCAUGGUGUUCCAGGAUCUGGAAAGACCAGCUUGAUUCAUGCUCUCGCAGGAGAACUUGGGCUCGACAUCUAUGUAGUCAGCCUGAGUGCCAAAGGUAUGAACGAUACCAUGCUCAUGAACCUGAUGGGUCGCAUUCCGCAACGCUGCAUCCUUCUUCUCGAGGACCUUGACGCUGCUUUUACCCGUUCUGUCACCCGUGAUGCGACCUCGACCGGCGUCCCAAUGUCCAGCAAGUCUACUUCGUCUACCAACACGACGGAAAGCGACGGCAACAGCCUCAGCCUUAGCGGGUUGCUGAACGCCCUUGAUGGCGUCGCCGCGAGCGAAGGUCGUCUGCUAUUCGCCACGACGAACCACAUUGAUCGUUUGGACGAAGCUCUUCGUCGCCCAGGUCGUAUGGACGUGUGGAUCAACUUUAAGUAUGCUACAAAGUGGCAAGCUGAAGGCAUCUUCAAGUGCUUCUUCCCAUCUCGCGAAGCCACGGCUGCUGCUGCCGCUGAAGAUCUCAAGAACGCCGAGGCACAAGGAAAAGAGCCUCCGAAGCGAAAAGUCUACACCACGAUUCCUCUCCUCUCCGCCGACGAACUAGUAGUGCUGGCCAAACAGUUUGCCGAAGCGAUCCCAGAGAAUGAACUCAGUGUUGCCGGUUUGCAAGGAUAUCUUCUCAAGAACAAGUCUCGUCCGCGCGAGUGCGUUGCAGAAGCCGCCGAAUGGGUUCGUACAGAGCGCGAAACAAGGGAGCGGAUUAAGAAGGAAAAAGAAGAGAGAGAGGCCAAAGAGAGAGAAGAAGCCUUAGAAAAGAAGAAAAAAGAGGAUGCAAAGAAAGCGACAACGGAUGACGAGAGCAAGUCCGAGGACAAGCCAAGAAGCAUUAAGAAGAAACAGAUAGUACAAAUCGCUGCACCAGAAGUGACAGAGACCGCAGCCGCGCUCGAGAAUGCUAUCAAGACGGAUGCCAGUACCGAAGGGAAGACCGUCACGCCUGGAAGCCCCGCCGUGGAUGUUGUGGACAGCGAUGACCUAGUCAUUCUCUCUGCUUUGACAACGGCAUCUGCGACGCUCGCCUCGCACGAGGACAGCUCCAAGGCCGCUGAGAAGAAGGCUGAAGAGAUCGAAACGAAAGUCACAUCUGGGACCGAAGAAACUACAAGCACGUCAACGGAGAGCGCAAGCUAA